CAACUGAGAAUCGGAGCUUCCUGUAGCUCGACCAUCACUAUCGCAAGUCUGGCUUCUUGUUGACCAUGUCCCCUGAUCUGAACACUCUUCCCGCAUCGCGGUCGUCCUCGUCAUCUUCGUCCCUACCGCAUCGCAAUAUGCCACCCUCACCCGGCACAGUCCAAGCACCCGUGAAUCCCAGCACCACCUCCCCUCGGCCAUCGCGUGGAUCCAGCAUGGGCCGAUUAUCGGUCUCCGAGAGACGGCGGUCGGCAGCGGGCAUGGCUCUAAACCUGAACGAGGCGACCGGCAUAGGUUCGGGAAGUCUCACCGAAAAUCCCUGGUCCGACCAUCGCUCCUCCAUGGGGCAUGCAUUCCGCACGGCCAGUCCCACCAGUCACGGCGGUAGCCCCAUCUUCGCGACGGCGGACCCUCACCACCAGCGAGCGCCGUCUCUGGGGGAGCUGCAUCAAGAGCUGGAGCAGGAGCAAGAGGCGCAAGUGAACCGCCUCUUGCAGAUGAUUCGCAGUCAGCAGGCCCAGCUGCAACACCUCCAACAGAACCAACAGCAGACUCCGCAGUCAGGGACAGCCGUCAUCGAUGAUACCACCCCGUCAUCGGAACGGUCAAUUUCAUUCUUCCCUUCUAUGCCCCCGCCUGCACCGUCUAGUAAUCGGCCAUCCAUCUCGUCGCUCUCCAACCGUCCACCAAGCCUGAUAACAUCUCCUAAUAUGCAUCCCCAAGAUGCGUCCAGAUGGUCAGAUGGCACGGAAGCGUUCCCUGCCCUCCGAGAAAGCUCAUCUCGACGAGGUAGUCGCGAUGACAGCGCAUUCCACCAGGCUGAAGCAGCCAUGCUAGGCCGGGAGAAUCAGAUGCUUCGACAGAGGAUCCGAGAACUCGAACGGCAGAUAGGAGACAUGACCACAACCACGGGGAUGGAAGUCCCCCCAGCUGCCCGAUCGGGACACGCGCCGGGGCAAGAGGGGCCCGAAACGGCGGACCCGCAGGCCGUGGGGUCUUCGGACGGGAAAGCCACAACCUGA